CGAUCCCGUGCCGGCCGCGCUGUGUACGUAGACUGCACACGAUACGAUAUGAUGCGUGCGACGAACGAAAACAUUAAUUUGAAUGGCGACGCCGGCGGUGUGUAAUGUACUGAGAAAAAUGUCGCGAGUGUGAGCAACUUUUCAUUAUUUUUCGUCAAGAACCAGAAGCUGACACGCUGUUUUCUCAUCUAGUCGGUGUGCACGAGGGCUUGUCGACAUGAGUGGGGCGGUCAUACCGCAGUGGAAGAUCGCUCUCCAGCAGAAACUGGAGAAGAAAAAGGAGGAGGAAAGACGGAAGUUGUUGGAGGAGGAACAGCGCCGCCUGGAAGCGCUGCCUCCGUGGAAGCGAAUGGGGAUGGUUCCACAAAAUGUCAUCAUCAUCUCAGGGGGAACCAAGACAGUCAGCAAGUUGUCCUCCGAUUCAGACUCUACAGCUGGUGGUGAAGAAGUUCAAAAGGAAUCUCGUAAAAGUAAUACUGACCAGGCCUCGAAGGUGACAACGAACAGGACGGUGAGUGACAGUAGGAUAAGUGUGAAGAAGAGCGCCAUGAAUGCGCAGCCUCAAGAGAACCAUGUGGUGAGUUCACAGAAGGAAAGUCAUUUGACUAAUCAUGUAGGGGGAGACGAGCCAGAUGGAGCCAAGAUGACACCUGUCACAGGGCGAGAGGGCGUGGACGAAGAACAUGUUGCUUCUGUUUCAGAGAAUCCUUUCUUGAAGCUUGAUGGCGGCGCACGACGAAGGAGAGCUUCACCGUUAUUAAAACUUGACAUUAAAGAAAAAGAGAGUACUUCCAAAAUUGUAGAAAAUAAAACCACAGAUUCCAUGAUUGUGGUCAAAAAGCAACCAGACAAUAACAUACGACAGCGAUCGCGGUCAGCAAGCCCACACCGUGCUGCUAGAGAACAGAAUGUAGAUUUAAAAGCAGUCGAGGAAGACUUGCCUGAACGCAGGCCCAGAAAAAAUAGUGUCAGUGAUUUAAGGAACAAAUUUGGUCGUGCUGCAUCCAUUGAAGAUUUAAGAGUUGUGUCACGUAAAGCAAGUGAAUCAGAGAGUACUUCUCCAUUGCUGUCACCACGGAGUCCUACAGCUCUUGACAGGCAUAAACUCUUUGAUGAUCAGCCCCACAAAGUUCACUUUAAUUUCACACCCGACUCGUCAAGGAAGCUGGCUCCAGCAUCAUCGUCAAAAGUCUCCAUGACAAGCUCCGUCACAUCUGAUAAAAUGCCUUCCACACAACCACAAGCCCAGAAAACUGCUGUCACAGGAAGUGCUCUCAGCAAACCAUCUGAAACAAACUCACUCACUAUCACUGAAGCUGGCAUUGCACAGAUAUCAAGUACCAAUCGCACCACCAAACGUCAAGCUCCAAAGGCCCCAACAGCUUCAGACUCCAGUGCGAGUACUAAGAAAGACAUAGCACCAACAAAAGCAGUUACCUCAUCCACUUCAAGUUCAACUAGUAGUGCAAUGAAACCUCUUAGUAAAGACUUACAGAAAAGCAAUAAACCCGUGGAAUCUUCCAAAAACGUCACGAUGACCAAUGAAGUAUCAUUGCCUGACCAACCCAAGACUGCAAUCCUCGGCGAUGGACAGUCGUCCUUGCGCCGAAAAAAGGGCACAAGUAGAAUGUCUGCUAGUGCACUGAUCAGUCUUUCAGGUGAUGGCACCAGUGAUGUCCAACUAAGCGAACACAAUGCGCGUGUCCGUGCCGCCCGACAAGAGGCACGGGCAAGCAGCUCAAAGAAUUCACUACGAUCAGCCAGGGACAGUGAAUCCAAGGACACUGACAGUAUACCAAAGGGCCUUGUGUCAUCAAACAUGUUCGGGUCAAAACUAAAAACGCACGACAACAAAACACCAUCAUCAAAACCAAAAGAAGACCCCCCAUACGUUGACUCUAUCCCCUACCCAGAAAAUUUCCGGCAGCCAAAGAAAGAGUCCGGGUAUGUUGACACAAUCCCAUACCCGGAAAACUUUCGUCAGCCAAAAUCUACCAAGCCAGAAGCAUCUGAGAUCAAGGCUCCCACAGUCCAACUCAAGGCCACUUCCAAAACAUCAACCGUGGAGGACAUUCCACGGACCAACAUUGACGACAUGGUCCUUUCCCCAAUUAAAGAAGAUGCUUCUCAGAACUUGACCAACGGGAGUGUUGAGACAAAAGCACCCCCCAAGAAAAUCAAGAAGAAAUUGGAAGUGGAGUGGAUAGGGUAUAACACCCCCACUGGAAAACCAUCGGCCCUGAAGUCUUCAACAUCCCAUAAAAACGAAGACAAAAAGAUGAAAAUCUCCUUUAACGAGUCCAGCCUGAGUGAAACCUAUGAGUACCAAUCAGAAGAAUCACUCCUGAAUGAGUACCUGCGGAAGGAACGAGGUCUGAACGGUAACCCGCGCGUAGGUAACCUGCCCCGCCAAGAGGCAAGGGAUGAGGAAGACGAGGAAGAUGGCAUUGAAUCCUCUCCGGCUUCACAGAGCAGCAUUGAUAACGUCUUGGCGCAUGAAGGUCUGCAGAGCUACACCCCUAAGGAUCUACAGAACUUUACCCCAAUGUCCAUCCGCCAACAACAGCAGCAGCAGGAAGUAGCCAAGCCCCAGGAGGAAACACCGCCCUCGCCUGCUGAGGAACCAGACCCUGACGACAUCGCCAUCACCUACGAUGACACGGGCGACUACUUCUCAUCAGCCGGAUCGAGCUCAGCUGCCCUUUUGUUCUGAAGUGAAAGGGUAUAAAUGAACAUGAGCUCGGAGGACCAAACUAAGAUGAUCUGAGCUUGUUGAUGGAUCCCUUCUGCUAACCCUGGGGAUGGCACCUGUCUUGGUAGAAGGCCUUUCUUUUUAGUGGUCAAAGAUUGAAAUUAUGCAGACUGCCACCCCCCCCACCUGGUGUAUAUACAUGUAUUACCUUGAACAACAAAAAGGAGCUCCCCUAACUUACCCAGUUCUUCAUAGCUUUAAGGUUCCAGCAUUUUCACUUCAAUGUUAAUAUUGAUGUUUAUAAUGAAUGACUUGGAGAACCAUAUCUUCGGAUCGAUCCUUACAGAGUCAAAAUUACCGGUAAUCCAACAGUUUUCCAACAGCUGUUUUGUUUGUUAAUUAUUACGUCGAGGAUUUAUAGAAAUACCUACACGAAAAAUGGUCGUCUUUUUUUUUUCUUUUUUUUUUUAACCAGUGUACACCGUGCUCGCAUGUGCAUACAUGUGUCUGCAUAGUAUAUUCUAUACGCAGAUGUCUUCGAAUGAUGAAGAAAUACCCACGAAAGAUAGUUGCAAAUCAAUUUUAUUUUAAUUUAGGUGUGUGUGUGUGUGAAUUUGCCGAGUCAGGUGUGUACAUAGUUGUGAUUAACGUUAGUGAGAAUAAAUACCUUGAAAUAUAUGAUUAUUUUUUUUCGUGGUAGCAGGUGGAUACAGGUUUCCCAAUGGCAGCCUUGACGUUUUUUUUACAGUGUAAUUGUGGUAUUAAACACCCCUUGGGACUUGCUUCUCACACACACAUUCCUGCCAAACCUUUUCUGGAAUAUUCUGCAUUUAGACAUUUUUUAUCACAGUCAUGUUGCGUUCAAGUUCUUUUUUAGCAAUGUUCACUAUUGAGCAUUAAUUUAUGUGUCGUACCGAUAAAAUGCAAUGCAUUUCUACUUAAUUUCAAAUGAACUAUUUUUAACUCUUCUUAACACUGGAUAGUUUUCUUCCAUUUUUAGAAAACUGCAGAUAUCUGAUUGACUAAUGCUACCCGUAGUACCAUGAUCCAUAGACAUGAGGGCGUUUUACGGGACAGUACCAGCACAAUUUAAUUGGUAACUUAAUUUGAAUUGAGGUUUAUUGUUGAUUCCUGUACUUACAGUCAAACUGCUAAUAGUUCAUAGUUUCAGAGUCUCACUCUUAACUGCUUAAUGAUCAAGGUCAAAAGAGUUGACCUGAUUGGGCAUUUUGUCUAGUCUUGAUUCAAGUCUGACUGCUGAGGUUUUGGACGUCACCUGCACAGCUAGUGUACUAGUGGUUUCUCUCUGAUGCACAUGUUAUACUUACAUUCUCUGAGGGUUUUUACAAUCACACAACUCGUUGCCGACUACUGAGAAACUGCGCCAACUGAGUUGUCAGAGACGUGAUAUUUUAUCACCCCCCAAAAAGGACUGUUUGGUUGCAAACAGCAGGUUUCCCUUUAAAUGAGGAUGCAAAUGAUUUACAAUUUCCUUAAAUUUUUACGAAUUUGCAAAAGUAGUACUUCCAUGAACAGGAUCGUCGACAUUGUUGGGAAAGUUUCCUCUUAUUUUAAUGCGACUUGAACACCCCCCCCAGUCCGAUGCAGAACAGACAGUAUGUGUGCAUGAACGUGAUGAAACAUUAUGUAAUGAUCACAUUCAUCAGGAGUGAGACCCAACUUUCAGAUGUUGAUCUGAACUCGGCAUGGAGAAUGUGUCUUUCAAUCAGGGCUUUGUAAUUUUGGUAUUGUAAGAAAUUGUUUAAAUCAUGCACGGUGUAUUCCAAGGAGGGGUGUGCAUCUGUGUUGCCAUCAAGCUGCCACAAGCCCGUUCACAAAUCCAAUUUGCAAGUCCUUUCACAGACCAGUCAGGAGCAAACAGCGUGGGCAAGGAAAAGGGAUACUUUUAUUGCAGUUCAUUUGAAUAGCUUGUGACUUGACUUUCGACUGAGUGACUUGUGAUGGACUUGCGGUGAAGUAAUGGACUCAAUAACACUGGUGUACGCAACUAAUUUUUUCAUCCCAAUGCGCACAAAUUUGUAGCAUCUCAUUGGCUGCAGGGCACAAUGGCACUGAAGGUCCUUCAUUUCCUCCUUAGUCACCAUUGAGAAUGUGCAUGUGCAAGAAAUCUUGUGAUGUCAGUCUCGUUUUCUAAUUCUUGGCAUGGUUCUCUCAUUAUUAUCUGGCCAUAUUGUUUUCUAGCAUAUCAAACUUUCACUUGAGAAGACCCAUUCUAUCUGAUAUAAAAUUCCUAGAUUGCAAAUUAAAAGCAAUAAAAUUAGAUGAUCAUGUUGUAAAUGCAAGUGCCUAAAUAGUCUGCAUGUAAAAAAAAAAAUUAGAGAAAAAGGAACUUAAUACUCCCCCAGAAGAAUUAGACAGAAGUAGAGAUACUGCUCGCUUGAAAUCAAUGUAAAUUGGCUCUCAGUAGGAAAGAUGACAGAAUUAAUGGAAACAUGUUGAAGAAAAAGAAGAAAAAUUAGGGAGGCCUCUAAAUUUGGACUGAAGACAAUUUUCCAUACUGUCCUUCAGAAAAAAUCAAAUUGUCUUAAAUCAGAUCGUCUGUUAGGAAUCCUAACUCUUACAAGACCAACAUAUACAUAAUAUGCAACCCGUCUACUAAUUAACGAUUGAAUAUGCAACAUUUUAAGCUUUCAAAUUUUUGCUAUAAAUGUGGAAGGGAUACCAUUUCAUUAUUUUGAGAAAUAAGUGUGAAAAAUAGCUGUCAAUAUUUGUAGCAGAGCACUGAAAAUGUUACAAAAAAUACUAACUCAUCAGUUGAUCAGUUCUGUUCAUUACCGUUAAAUAAUUAUGAUAUUUGUUUUGGGUUUUUUGUUUUGUUUGUGUGUUUCGGUGCAAAUUAUCAGUUCUCGUUUGUUAAAAAAUGCAAUGCAUUUGUACAUUCAUCCUCUUGAUAUUUAGGAAACAAAGAAUUGUAUUUAUCAUGAACAAAUCAAACCAGCUCAAUAGAAGCAUGUAACGUAAAAGGCUGGACAAAUUCCUCAUAUCAUUAUUUUUUUCUUUCUUUCACUGACACAAACUUUCAUUAAUGACUUUUAUUUAUUCCCGAUUUUUUUACAAGCAUUCUACCUUUGGUGAGUUAUUAUUGGUUUGGUAAUAUGUAUAUAUUUGUUUCUCUUUGCAAAUCUGAUUGGUCAUUUGUAAUCACAUGGCUGUAUAUUCACUCAAAGAUAUAUUUAUAUUACAGGAUUUCGUUUUUGUAAAAGUUUCCGAUUUGUAGAUAUUGAGGUUUAAAUGUAAAAGUGUAUUCUCAAAAUCAAAAUUGAAUUUAUUCAGCUGACAGAUCUUUCCUUUUAUUAGUGAAAUCUUUACAAGUGAUUUUUUAGUACUAUGAUUUUAUUGUUUGUAAAUGCAUAUCCGGACAUUGGAGCUUUGUAAACAGAGCAAGUUUUUAGUUCAAAAUGCACCAUCUUGGAUUGGAAAGAAUGUUUGCAACAGUACCCAUUGUAUAUCAACAGAAGUAGGAUGUGCAUGUUAGCACUACGUGACUCCAAGUUGUACCUCACCUGGCAGGCAGGUUUCAUAGAACCCUCUGUGUGUAGCGCGUAAACCUGUUCACAAUUCACCAGUUAAAAACCUGUGUCAGAGAGAGGCAGUCUCGCUUUGAACUAGUGACCCAAGUCAUUUCCAAUUGCAGCAUCGUGUCUCUUUAUUAUAAGUGUGACCAUGUGCAAGUUUGAAGAGGACAGUACAAACUGUGUUACCCAGAGGCUGCACAAAUAUUUCUGUAGAUUUUGUGCCUACUGAUAGAGCUGAUGGCCUAAAAUAAAGAGAUGUUGCUUGUACGCGCCAUCGCCAAUGCUUGGCUUGUAAGUUACUGGGAUCAGCAUUACUAGAGGCAGAAUUAUGCUCUGGAUUUGGCACCUGAUGAUACUGUUAUAUUUCAUAUAAAUUCUGAAUUCUGAUGUUUGUUUACAUUUCAGCAUUUGAGGUUUGAACAGUCUUUGCACCUUAGUGGAAGCACAAAUCUUUUAUUAUGAUGGGCAAGAAAUUUGACCCUAUUUAUGUAUUAUCGUUCAGAAACAAUCUGGUGUGAGACAGGAUUUUGAUAAAAGCACGCUCUGGCCAACAAGACAGAACAGCUGUAGUUUUUUAUUGCCCUCAAAAUGCAUAUCUUGACCAAAAUAUUGGAGGCCAUGUGCAUUAAGGUGAUUUUUAGAAAUGCCUAGUUUUUAACUGAAGCAACAUGUUAAUGUGGAAUGGAAGUAUACUAAAUUCUGGUUUAAUGUGUAUGUUGUAUAAAUAACAUGUAGAAUAAAAAAUGGUGACACCAA